CAAACGUCAGCUUAUUUAAUCUAAAAUUCUCAGCUUUCAUAACAAUAACAACACUCAGAGAAAAAACACUUGAGAGAGAACAUUUUAUCGACAUGCCGCCCUUUUGCUGUGGCGGCCGGCGCUGUGCCAAAGACUUGGAGAAGACCAACGCUGAAGGUGACGAUGCCACCGAGGAGCAGCAGGCGAAGGCGUCGCCGAUAACAGUGACCGAGGCGGAGAAGCCGCUGACCCUCAAGUUCUAUGCCCGCCACGAUUGGCCCUAUUACCGCUGCACCGAUGAGGAGAUUAAGCGCAUGCGCGAAAAGUUCGAUAAGAAGGGUCCCGAGAUAAAUGUACCGGACGCAGAGGGCAAUUUCAAGAAGUAUGAGCCGAAGCACUCGACACCGCAACCAGUGACAGAGAAUCAAAUAUACGGCUGGUACCACACUCGCGCCUUUCCGUACAAGGCCAAGGAUCGCGGUGUCUUUGUAUUUCCACGCGAAGCAGAUCCAUUGAUAAAGCUGAUUCUGGAAACCAAUUUGAUGGCUAAGCAAAAUGGUAAAUAUAUCAACGCCGAAGAAGGACAUCGAAAGUCGGCACAGCCCCAAUUCUAAACUGUCCAGCGCACC